ACCUGCUACGAUCACUAAUAACGGAAUACAUUGAACUUCGAACUCAUCACUUUGAUACUCCACUUAGACCUAAACAUCAUUUCACCACCCACUAUCCUUGGAUCAUAUCGAGACUUGGACCUCUUAUGUCCUUCUGCACUUUAUUUUGUGAAAGAAAACAUUGUUUUUUUAAGCGAGCUCUACGAAGCACUCUUAAUUUCAAAAACGUCGUGAAGUUCUGUGCGGAGCAACAUCAGUUUUACCAAGCUCUACUAACACAAGAAAAUGCUCGUUUUGAAAGGCAUUUUUUGGUAUCAAAGUUUGUAGAAACGUAUAAAGACCUCCCUGAGGUAAUGCAAUCGGAAUUACGGAAAUUUUGCCUCCUAGACCUAGAGUCACUCUAUGCCGAAAAAGCAUCAUAUUGUGGACACGAUUAUGAGAAAAAUGAUUUCAUAUUCCUCGAACAUGAUGAGUAUGGUGAAAAAUUCUAUGUGGUUCAAAUUCAGCUGUUGAUUUUCAACAAAUACACUGAACAAGUUUUUGUUUUUGGACUAAAACAUUCCGUUCUCCAAUCUCCCGACAAAGGAACUCUGGAAAUCAAUUUAAAUCCACUGCUAGUUGUUGCUAAAAAUAUUAAGGAUUUUGUCGACCGAACUCCUUUGAAAUCGUUUCUUGAAAAUAAAAGGCUUUAUUUAUUCAUUCAGCAUGCGAUUCCUUUGGUUUGAGCACCUGAUAUUAAAAACUUCAAAAAAAAAUACAGAAUGGCGACCAAUAUUAAAAUUUACAAAAUAUGCGACGCGUCUCGGUUCAACAGAAUGGCCCUACCGGCUCUUUCCAGCGUCUCCAGUUUAUUAGAACAAGCAUCAAUUACAUUAGGCAAACAUUUUGAAACUAUAUACAUAGAAGCUGAUGGAUGUAAAAUCAUCUCUGACUUAGCAUUAGCCGCCUUCGAAACUCAGCUGUUAAUGGUAACUGAGGAAGAUGAAGCUUGGAUACCAAACUUUCAGCCACAAACGAAACAACAAUCAGCUUUAGAAAUUUCAGGAUCAGUUUUCAUGGGCUCAUCCCAAGAUCAAUCAGGUUUGCCUGAGGAAGAAAUACCCUUAAUCGCUUCUGUCACGUCGAAUACUGGAAUGACACAAGCAGAAAAUAUAAUGGACGAUGCCGAGAUGAUCACCGUAGAAUUCACAGAAGAUAAAUUUCAAGUUGCUGUACAGAACAAAUCAAAUUCAAAUGUUGAUAGUGAGGAGGACACUUCUGAUAGUAUUGAAGAUUUCUCAUCAAAUAUAAUCGAGCGAACUGUUGAUGCGACGGAGCAGCAUGUGCUGGUGACUGGAAAUGUACCAACAGCAGUGAGAGCAGAGUUUUUUCGACCUUGUGAUCAACGCUAUGAAAAUUUAACCAGACAGAUUUGCAGGGCCAGUAACGAUAUAGAAAAUCAAUCUCCAAAUUCCAACAAAAAAUGUAACUCUUCGGAUGGUGUACAUCUUCAGAAAAGUGGUAAAAAACACGCUUCAACAGAGAUGAAAUUUCGGUGUUUUAAUAUUAAUUGGAACAAAAUCAGUGACCGACUUUUAGAUCGUUUACGAUCUUUGCAAGAAUUUAAAAUAAAUAAUCCAGGUAUAUUCAUUCCCGCAUCCAUCCGUGUUACCAAGACUGAUUUGACCGCAUUAACGAAUGCUGUGGUUGACCAGCUCCGUAUGAUAGACUCAAUGAUCCGAGCUGAGACUAUGGAAACUGUGUCACGUCAAAUUUUUGAAAAAUUCCCGGCUUUAGAUUACACGGAUGAUGAUGGUUUUGGAGCCGGACAAGGUUACGUUGAGUUAAAAUACAAAAUGAUCAAUCGCAAUAAUUAUUUAAAUCGAUUUAAAAGCUGUCGGGCAUCAAUUUCGGAUAUCGUAAUGAAUUUGAAGAAAAAGCGAAAUUCUCGAGCAGGAACACGCAAGGAAUAUUGGGAGAAAACAUCCAAUAUAUGUGAAAAGCAUAUUCUGUCGAAGUUAUCCCGAGAUGAGCCAAAUUUAAUGACGAACGAUUUUCUACUACAAUCACAGGCUUACGUAAGAUACAAAUUGGACGAGAAAGUCGAGACAAUUGUAAUGCUAUCACAGCUUCCCGUUCUUCGACGUAGGAUGUUACUCAAUUUUCAUUUCGAAAAGGCAACUGGAGUUAACGUUAAUGAUUUCCGGAGGUAUUUUUUGAUGAAAAAAGAAAAAAUCAUCCAAUACUCACUUGUUAAAAAUAAGAAUUCGCAUUUGAGUGAAAAAUCGUCCGAUUAUGACAUUCUUCAGUUUUUAUGCUCGCUUGUAGGAGAGAGUUUCAGCGAAAUAAUCAUCCACAAAGAAAUUGGCAGCCGUAUUGAUGAUAUCAUCGUAGAUAAUCCUGGACCGGUACUGGCAGCUGUUGAUGUUGGAUAUGACAAAACAAUGUUUUAUUGCUAUGCAAAUGAUGUGCGUCUUUCAGAGGGAGCGGAGGAUAUACUAACAGGAAUGGAGGAUCUUUUUACCAUCUAUUUUGUUCAUAAUUUUAUGUAUGCUAAAUCUGUUUCCAAAUUUUUGGAGCUACUACAGGAAUAUUUUUUUAAAAUAAUUACUUUCGUUGCAUCAAAGUCUACUGCAAGUCGAAUAGGUCAAAGACAGAGAAGAGUGAGAAAAGUUAUUGCAGAUAUAUCUAAUUUCGAUGUAGCCUUUGAAGAAGCUAUUGAAUAAUGUAAUGUCAUUUAUUAUUCCCUGAGAACAAAAGCAAUUAAAGUCCAUUAAUUUUUCUGUAUUUGUGUAUUUAUUUCAAUGCCUGGCUAAUGCAUUAAUUU